ACAUGUCCGUUCCCAGGUUCGGCAGGACAGUCACGCUCAGUCUCCGGCAACAUGGACCAAAGGGAGAUUCUGCUGCAAAACCUGGAAAGGGCCCGAGGCAAGAAACUCAACCGAGAAGAGUUUGUAGGCGAGUUUUUGAAGCUGAAAAGGCAGUCAACAAAGUACAGAUCGGAUAAAAUCUACCCUACAGCAGCAUCUGAGCAACCAGAGAACAUCAAGAAGAACAGAUACAAGGACAUCUUACCCUUUGACCACAGCAGAGUGGAGUUAUCCCUGAUCACAUCGGAUGCAGAUUCUCAUUACAUCAAUGCCAACUUCAUCAAGGGCGUCUAUGGGCCAAGAGCAUACAUUGCAACCCAAGGUCCUCUCCCCACUACUGUCAUUGACUUUUGGAGGAUGAUUUGGGAGUACGAAGUGCUGGUUGUGGUCAUGGCUUGUAUGGAGUUCGAAAUGGGAAAGAAGAAGUGUGAGCGGUACUGGGCAGAGGUGGGCGUCUCUCCCCUGCAGUGUGGUCCUUUUUCCAUUGCCUGCGAGGCUGAAGAGAAGAAAAAUGAGUAUGUGAUUAGGACUUUAAAGGUGACCCUGAAUGAGGAGAGCCGCACCGUCCACCAGUUCCACUAUAAAAACUGGCCGGACCACGACGUCCCCUCGUCCAUUGACCCCAUCCUGGAGCUCAUCUCUGAGAUUCGCCGCUACCAGCCGGACGACAGCGUCCCCAUCUGCAUCCACUGCAGUGCCGGCUGCGGGAGAACAGGAGUCAUCUGUGUGAUCGACUACACCCAGAAGCUGCUGAAGGACGGAAUUGUUCCAGUGAACUUCAGUAUUUUCAGUCUGAUCCAGGAAAUGCGCACGCAAAGGCCUUCCAUAGUGCAGACCAAGGAGCAGUAUGAGCUGGUUUAUGAUGCGGUGAUUGAGCUCUUCAGAAGGCAGAUUAAAGCACUCGAUGCCCAGGAAGAUUCUGCUGCUUCACAGGUACAAACAAGGCCUCCUGUAGCCAAGCCACUUCUGACUCCAGUGGAAGAUAUUUAUUCUCUGAGACUACUCACCUGCUCGGAGCCAGAGGAAAAGGAUGCGCACCAAGGUCUUUCUCCGGUGGUACAAAGCAAAGCCUCCCUGACAUCGUGGUCGGCCGCGGGAGUACGCGACAGCUCUGGACGCAGCAUCCCGCCCAUCAGACAGGCCAUCUCCUUUGGCACAUUGAACUUCAUCAACUGCAGGAAGGCAGCGGCCGCUGAGCAGCGGGGUGCUGGGGAUGCUCUUCACAAACACCGCAGUCUGGAGUUCAACAGCAUCUCCCCCGAGCAGCUGCUCCUCAGCCUGGAACUGAAGGGAGCGGGCAGGAGGACGCCCGGUGGCAGAGCACCCCUGACACGGACUGCAUCGACCCCUUUUGCGCUGGCGCAGCGGGGAGAAGGCUGGGAAUGGGAUGGAGGGGACGCAAAGCCUGUGUUGAAUUCCCAGUUGCCGAACACCGGCUACUCAAGCUUUCAGGUGAAGCAGCAGGACGGAUUUUCCCCCGUUGAGCUGAACCACUUGAGCCGAGCUGUGGAUGACCCCCCAAGCCGCAGGAAACACGGGCAGUGUCCUCACCCUUACUGCUGCUCAGCAGAAGACCCCUACUUCUCUUCGCUCUCCCCAGAUGACCCCGUGUCCCCGCUGUUUGCUGAGUGCUCCGUGGAGGGGCAGGACGCGCUUCUCCCUUCCCGCGCUGGGAGCGCCCCACCGCAGCCCGCCAUGGACGGCUCCCCACCGCCCGGGAUGGUCUGCGGUUCUCCCGUGUCGUGCCACGCAGCUAAUCUGCCCAUGUCUCCCCAAUUAGCCACCCUGCCACUGCCCAGCGAUGAUGACCCUCCGCCCCUGCCCGAGCGAACCCCCGAGUCCUUUAUUGUGGCCGAUGAAUCUGGACAAUUCCCUCUGGCCACUUCUGAUUUUCAGCUUCCAGCCAGAAAUACAAAUAUCGGAACCUCUUUGGAGUGGAGUGGUGAGUCUCACUCAGAGGUGUUUAAUGACCCAGUGAGACUGAGACCAUUUAAGAGCAUGAAGCUUCGGAGCCCAAAACCAGAGACAGCCCAGGAUCGCUCUAACUCUCCUCCUCCACUUCCUGAAAGAACCCCACAGUCAUUUGUUCUUGCUGAUGCAGCAAGUCUGCAGCCUGCUGCGAGAAAUUCGGUGAGUCUUCCAGGCUUGGAGAACGAUGCUUCUGAAGCAUGGUCGAAAGAGCCUACGAAAUGCUUCAGGAGAAGCAAGAGCUUGAAAAUAUUGAAAAAUGUGAGAAAGAGCAUGAGUAGUCCAUCUUCACUGACCAAACCAUCAGAAUCUGCCCCAUCAAACCAUCUGAGGUCUUUCCUUAACUUUGGCUUUGCAAAUCGAUUUUCAAAACCUAAAGGACCAAGAAACCCACCACCAGCAUGGAAUAUUUAG